ACCAACGUCAGUCAGAGUUUAGCCGUAGGGUUCCCCUUUGAUAUUGUGGCUUUCGGCUCUCUCUCUCUCUCCCUCCCUCUUUCUCUUUGUUUUUUUUUGGACUCUGCUGCCUGCCUGCCUGAAGAAGAUUACAUAGAGAGAGAUAUAUCCAAUAUCUCCUUCUCUCAUCUCAACCACAUCUCUCUCAAGCUAUUUGAUGAACUGGGUCUUUUUCUUUUAUCAACUACUACUUUUAUUCAUAUUUUUGUGUGGUUAUUGUUGGCUUUUCUUGGUAUUAGCUAGAUAAGCAUAUUCAAACGUGAAGAUGGAAAGUGGGUAGACGAUCUGGUUUGAACUCAACCUAUAUUAUUCUCUCUCUCUCUCUCUCUCUGGUUCCUUCUCUUUCUGUUUGUUGGUUUUCGAGUUUUCAAAAAAAUAAGAAUUGUCUCUUGGGUCGAAGCCAAAGGAAGAAGAAGCUAUCAACGGUGAUAAUGAUGAGAGUUAAGGGGUUCAUUUCAUAUAACCACACUCUUUGAGUAAUAUUUUUGCUUUCUUGUCUCCUUUGAUUUAUUUUCUAGCUCGCUCCUUUUGUCUUUAGAUCUUCAAAACUCCUUCUCUUUGAUGGAAAUCAAGAUCUGUACAUGCCCCACGUGAUGCAAUUUUAGGAUCUUUAACAUCGAUUUCUUAGUGUCUUCAAGAUCAGAAUAUGAUGAAAGAUCUUUUAUUUCAUCAUCAACAACAACAACAACAACAACAGCUGAUGGAGGAGAACAUGUCUAAUUUGACUUCAGCAUCUGGAGAAGCAAGUGUUAAUUCCUCAGGCAAUAGGACUGAAUCAGGCACCAAUUACCCUCAACAAUACUUAGGUACACCUCCUCAAAUUCAGCCACCACCCAAGAAGAAGAGAAACUUGCCAGGCAACCCAGACCCAGAUGCAGAAGUGAUAGCUUUAUCUCCGAAGACACUCCUGGCAACGAAUAGAUUUGUUUGCGAGAUCUGCAACAAAGGCUUCCAAAGAGACCAGAAUCUUCAGCUCCACCGGAGAGGCCACAACCUGCCAUGGAAACUGAAGCAAAGGACAACAAAAGAAGUGAGGAAGAAGGUUUAUGUGUGUCCAGAAUCCAGCUGCGUGCACCAUGAACCGUCCAGGGCUUUAGGCGACCUCACGGGAAUCAAGAAGCACUUCUGCAGAAAGCAUGGGGAGAAGAAGUGGAAAUGCGAUAAGUGCUCAAAGAAGUAUGCGGUUCAAUCAGAUUGGAAAGCUCAUUCCAAGACCUGUGGCACUAGAGAGUACAGAUGUGACUGUGGUACUCUCUUCUCAAGGAGGGAUAGUUUCAUCACUCACAGAGCAUUCUGUGAUGCUUUAGCAGAGGAGAGUGCAAGGGCAAUCACAACUGGAGCAGCAAACACCAACCCACUUCUAUCUUCUCAUCUUCAACUUCCAGGCAGCUCUUCUUCGCACAUCAACUUGCAAGUUCCCCAAGAUCUCCAUGCAUUUUCACUCAAAAAAGAGCAGCAAAAUUACAGCUCCUUGAGGCCUGAGAUGCCUCCUUGGCUUGCUUCCUGCCCAACCCAACCACAACACCAGUCACUUGAUCAUGUCUCCUCCUCCUCAUCCUCCACCUUCUCAACCAGAUUGGAUCAUCAUCAUCAGGACUUCACAGUACAGCAAAAAAGCAUUCAUGAUCAUCAUCAUACCCCAAACCCUAACCCUAGUCUUGGCCCCACCAUGCUCCCUCCUUCCUACCACCCAACACCCUCACCGCACAUGUCAGCCACUGCUUUACUGCAAAAGGCAGCACAGAUGGGUGCAACCAUGAGCAGCAGCUGCAAGACUACUGGUUCGUCAUCACCCACACCACCAGCCUUGAUUAGACCCCACCAGCAACCUCACGUGUCGGCUGAUUCUGGUCACAGUGCAACAACAACAACAGCUGGCUUUGGCCUGAAUUUGUCAUCACGUGAAGAGCUACAGGUUGCAUCUGGAUAUGUCCAUCAUGUCUUGCCUGAUCCUUUCGGCACCAGACCUGCAGGCGGUCUCUUCCAGGAUAUGAUGUGUUCUUUGUCUUCUGCUGCAACUGGGUUUGACCAGCAAGGAGUAAAUAAUUCCUUUGAUGAAAGCUUUGGUGGGAUUUUGAACGCAAAGAAAUAUUUCAGUUUGGACGAAGUGAGAAAGGAAGACAUGUGCUCAACCAUUACAAGGACAAAUAUAACGAAUGUCAGCAAAAAUGAUCAUCAUGAUCAACAGACUGGUGGCAUUAAAGGUGGCGAGGGUUUGACCAGAGAUUUCUUGGGGCUUAAAGCGUUUUCUCAUACUGAUAUUCUCAGUAUUGCUGGUCUUAGUAACUGUAUGAACACCACUACUUCUCAGGACCAGUCUUCACAGAAACCAUGGUAACGGUAGGUCACUAUACCAUAUUGAACUCAAUUACAUAUAUAUAUAUAUAUAUAUAUAUAUAUAUAUCUUUUGUUUUCAUAUAUCUUAAUUUUGACAUUCUUCCCCUCUUAAUCGCCUAUAUAUUUCUGUUAUCUUUUUGCAUUAAAUCUUCCCAAAGGGAAGGACACUUAUAAUAUUUCAGUACCUUGUAUGUA